AUGGCAGGGGAAGGGGAGCUCAACCGUGUCAUCAAGGACCUGCAGACCCCUGGGAAUCGGCAGUGCCAGGAGGUGGCUGUGCUCCUUGCUCCCCCUGCUCCCCUCCUUCAUCCCAAGUUCCUCUUUGUCUUUGAAGAAAAGGAGACGGGAGCCGGGAGCUGCACAGCCUCUGUGCCCAGCUAGAGUUCCUCCUCCAGUUUGACCUCAAGGAGAAGAGGAGCUUCUUUGGGCAGCGCAAGGACUAUUGGGACUUCUUGUGCCAGGGCCUAGCACGGUGCCGGCAGGAGCAUGAAGGCAUUCACUUCGUCACCUCCCUGGACAAGGUGGGCAUGGCUGAAGACCCCUGUGGGAAGGGGCCGAGCCUUUCUGCGGUACUGCCUGGUACACCGGCAGCUGGCAGAGUCCCUGCAGCUCUGCCUCCUCGACCCUGAGAGCCUCUGCGAGUGGUACUACGCCCGUAGCCCCUUCCUGAGCCCCAAACGGCGAGCAGAGAUCCUGGGCAGCCUCUAUGAGCUGGACUGUGUCACCUUCCACCUGGCUCUGCACAGGAGUGACCUGGACACCGCCUGGCCCAUGUUCUCUGAGCCACUGGUACGGCCCAGCCCGGUGAUCAGGAGCAGCCCAGCAAGGACAGCCCUGCAGACAGACGGGAUCAGCACUGUGGCACAUGGAUGGCCCAGUGGCACUGGCCAUCCCACUGUGGCACUCCAUGGGGCACCAGCCCAUCCCUGCCCACCCACUUUGGCUGCCCUGCAGGCAGGGAGUGUGGAAAUGGAAGAUAUAGAGGAAGAUGUAGAGGAUGGGGAAGUGAAGAAGGGCAUGGAAGAGGAGGCUGAAGAGGAAGUGGAGAAGGAUGACAGUAAGAAUACAAAGGAGGUGAAGGUGGAGCACGUGAAGGUGGAGGAUGUGGAAGUGGACAUAGAGGAGGAUUUGGAAGAGAAGUAUGAAGAGUUGGAGGAGGAUGAGAAGGAGAUGAAGGAUGUGGAUGUAGAGGAACUGAAGGAUGCACAUGGCACUGGCAAAGCAGCCCAGCCUGAUGGUGCUGGAGAGCCUGGCAUGUCCCCCCUGUCCACCGGCACAAGGUGCAUGCUGGGGUCCCUGUCACUGGUGCCCAGGCAGCCGGCUGGGACAGAGGAAUCCCUGCAGGCACUGGUGUCCCAGCUGAGGGCCGAGCUGGCUCAGCGCGAGGCGGCGGCACGGGCGCUGGCGGCGCGGCUGGCGCGGGCGGAGCUGCGGCACCGGCGGCAGGAGGAGGGCAGUGCCCGGCGGGCCCAGCUCUGGGCACGGGAGGCGGAGGCACUGCGGGAAACCAACACCUUCCUGCAGCGGGCACUGCGGGCAGCGGUGGCGGCGGGGGACCCGGGGGCGCUGGCACGGGCACAGGAGGAGGCACGGGGCUGGCAAGAAGUGGCAGAGGAGCGGGGUACCCAGCUGGCCAGGGCGCGGGCAGAGGCGGCGGCGCUGACCUCGCGCCUACAGGAAUGCCAGGAAGCGCUGGUGGCGGCAGGACGGACGGACAUGGUGAAGGAUGCUGGUAGCUCAAAUGAGGUGGCCGCCGUGGAGGAGGUGCUGCGGCAGGCACUGGAGCUCGCCCGUGGUCCCCAGGAGCUCCCAGGGGCCCCCCAGGCAGAAGGGGAGCCCAGCACGGUCACCAGCAUGGCCAUGCGCUUGGCCAGCCUGGCUGCCACAGCACAGGAGGAGACCUGGCAGAGCCGGCAGAAGCUCCAGGCCCAGCAACAGGAGAUGGCACGGCUGCAGGAGGAGCUCAGCAGGGCCCGGCAGGACGGCGAGCGCUGGGCAUCGGCGCUGCAGCGGGCGCAGCGGGAAGCGCUGGAGCGGGAGGCCACGCGCGGCGCCGAGCAGGCACGGCAGCAGGAGCUCAUCCGCGACAUGAAGGAGCGGCUGCUGGAGCUGCUGCGGGAGAAGGAUGCCCUCUGGCAGAAGACGGAGGGCAUUGACACCCCGAUGCCCACUCCGGUGCCCCGCGACCCAGGGCUGUGUGCCCGCUGCCACAAGGAUUUCCGCCUCCUCUCCCGGCGGUACAACUGCAGGUGGGCUGUGCGGGGAACGGCGGGGCACUGGCACAGGGCGGGCUCAGCUCUCACCUCCUGCUCUCUCAGCAGGCUGUGCCAGGGCAAGGUGUGCCACACGUGCUCCGUGGACAUGGGCAAGCACGGCCGCUGCUGCCUGAUUUGCUACCAGCAAAGGCACCCGCAGGCCACAUGA